AGUAUAUAAUGCCCUCAGAGUGAAGCACACAAGGAAGCUGAAACCAUGGCUCUCCUUUGGAUCCUCUCCUGCCUUGCCUUUGUCAGGGCAGCCUCUGGAUGUGGGGUUCCUGCUAUCCCUCCAGUCAUCUCCUGCUAUUCCAGGAUUGUGAAUGGUGAGGCAGCGGUGCCUCAUUCCUGGCCCUGGCAAGUGUCUCUGCAGGACUCAACUGGUUUCCACUUCUGUGGUGGCUCCCUGAUCAACGAAUGGUGGGUUGUUACUGCUGCCCACUGCAAUGUGAGGACCUCCCAUCUUGUGGUACUGGGAGAGCAUGAUCGUUCUUCUAAUGCUGAGUCUUUUCAGGUCAUAAGGAUUGCCAAGAUUAUUAGGCACCCACAGUACAACGCCUACACCAACAACUAUGAUAUCGUUCUGAUCAAGCUCGCCUCUCCCGCCCAGCUCAAUUCUUAUGUGUCUCCUGUGUGUGUGGCUAAGACCAGUGACAAUUUCCCUGGUGGCAUGAAGUGUGUGACCGCUGGAUGGGGCCCGAUCCAAUACAAUGCUCCUUCCACCCCUGCUGUUCUUAAGCAGGUCUGUAUGACUCUUCUGACCAACAAUGAGUGCCAACGUUACUGGGCCAAUAAAAUCACUGAUUUAAUGAUUUGUGCUCGAGCUAGUGGGGCCUCCUCAUGCAUGAGAGACUUUAGUGCCUCGCUGGUGUGUGAAAAGAACAAUGCUUGGACCCUAGUUGGUAUCAGCUCCUGGGGCAGCAGUGUGUGCACCACAUCCACACCUGCAGUCUAUGCCCGUGUCAGUGCACUCCGUUCCUGGAUGGAUGGGAUCAUAGCAGCUAACUAAAGAUCCAACAUUAAUAAAGAUGAUUUGAUAUCCUAA